GCUUUUUUCAUUUCACAUCAGAUUGGUCACUUAGACUCGAAGUUUUGAGGAGCCUCAUCACUUGGUUUCUAGUGUUUGAAGACAUAGAAAAUGGAAUCCUGAAGGCGCAUCUGAAUGAUCCUCUGAAGACUCCCUUGAAUUGGAGAACAAGGCUACAAAUAGUCAUUGGCGUGGCAGCUGCACUAGUUUUUAGUUCUGGAGGGUUUCAAUUGUGCCAUUUUUGCCUAUGGAAACUUGGCACAAGAAAAACUUACACCAUGGAAGGAGAAUGUAAGAGCUCAAAGGCUGGACCUAAUGGAGACUUGCUAACUAUCAGACGAGUUAUUAAUGGUCUCGUGGAGCAUCUUGUGCAUGUCCCAUACAGGGAUAACAAGCUCACCUGUCUGCUUUGCGAUUCGUUGGGUGCAAAAAUCAAGACAUGCAUUAUUACCACAGUAUCACCUGCAGUCCAUUGCCUGGAGGAGACCUUGAGUACACUAGACUAUGCACAUAGGGCAAAACAUAUUAGAAAUAAGCCUGAGGUAAUGGCAGAUCAGACUGAACAAAUGGCAGUUACAAUAGAAAUCCACCAGAAGGUUAAAAAAUGCUCUAACAUAGACAACAAACUUGAUGCCACCCAGGUAAGUUCUAUCCGUAUGUGGUUAUAUAUGGUUUUAGGAUUGAAAGUUUUGUAGAAAAACUUGAACGAAACAAGCAAAUUGUUGGCCAGCACUGAAGAAGAGUUAAGAAGAUGCUAGUAUGCUCUCAAGGAGUAUGAAUUUAUUAUCUCUAAGCAGAAAAAAGCAGGUAUGCUUGAAUAUUUUUGUUGUUCGAAUUUCUUUGCUAGCUCCAUCUAAAUAAUGUUGGUGAAGAAUUGAAAUGGUUCCAUACAUUCACCUUGUUUGGUUGAACGAUUGAAAGUAGUUUGAAUUGAAAAUGUAAGAGUUGAAGCUUCACUUAAAUGUUUGACAGACUCUGUUUUAACAUGAAACAUGUUUGGGUUCACAUUCAUGCAGGAGAGAUUGAUGCUCAAUACACUACAGUUCAACAUGUCAAUUCCAACCCCAUGUGUCUUCUUGAUCAGAUACCUUAAGGCUGCUCAAUCUGAUAGAAAAUUAGUUUUUGAUGACAUUUGGAAGCGUACUUGCAAAUCAAGAUCAAGUGUUGAUUUUUUUUUUUUUUCCUGAACAGAUAUUUAGUUCUAAUUGUAAAUCAAGAUCUAGAGUUGAUUUUUUGUGCGGACUCCACGUUAGUUCAAUUUAGGAAUUGCUAUGAUAGUUUUUUUUUGUUAUACUUAAUGGAUUAUUAUUAAAUUUAUUUGAUGGAUAUAUUUUGACUUAUAAUAUAAAUUGUUUGGUGAA